UACGUACGUAGCUAUGGGAAGUAAAGUCACAGGGUCCAUGGAUGUGUUGCGGGAAGAUUUUAUGAAUUGAUAAUAGAUUUUUUUUUUGACAAAAUAAGAAUAUUUUUCUCUAAAAACAAUCUUUACUCAAAGUCCACUUUCUAACACAUCAUGCACAUGCAGCCCAGCAAUUCCAUUUACUGAUGAAGACCUAGAGAUAAGCCCCUGAAAAGGGGAACAUUUUGCCCUUUUGUUAAGGUUAUUUUGUCAAACCACUUUUCAAGAAUUAAUUUUCACACUAACUUCUAUAUUUAUUUAUUCAUUUAUUUCAGUUUUUAAAUGUAACUGCAUUUAGGACAAAUAAUGUUCAAAUGUUCAUUUAUUUUUGCUCAAACAGGGUUUGUAGGAAACUUGCCAUUCGAUUGUGUGGUCCCCUGAAGUCCAUGGUUUGAAAUGUCCCCUGGAAUAUAUCAUCUCAUCCUUUUGUAAUCUGACACUUAGGCACAUGAGUGGCAUGCGCAUGCCAAGAGAGGCCUGUGAAACAUUCAUGAGCAGGAAGGUUAGGAGCACGGAGCACACUGAGCUGCCGUAGCAGGUGCCAGCAGAGCUAUGGGGACUGUUGAGGAAACUUUGAAGUGUCCCGUCUGCCAGGAUUUCUUCACAGAUCCAGUGACACUCCAGUGUGGAGAUGACUUCUGUCUCACCUGCAUCCAGGCUGUCUGGGAAACAGAUGGGCUAAAUGAAGGCCCCACCUUCUGUCCAGAGUGUCAGAUAUUCCUCCCUUCUGACCUGACGCUGGAGAUAAACAGCAGUCUUCAAACCAAAGUGAAGGACUUUACCACUAACAGGCUGUCGACAGCACCGCUACAGGCAACAAGUCCAAGCAGGGAACCUAAGUCACCUUCUACUAUCCACUGUGACCACUGCAUAGAGACGCCAUCCGUGGCCGUGAGCACCUGUCUGACCUGUGACGCCUCACUGUGCCAGGCUCACACCCUGCUGCACAAGCAGAGGUCUGUUCUCAGGGAGCACACGGUUGUGGAGGUUACGGGAGAUCCUCUGUCUCUGAAGUGCAGGGAGCACCGUGAUGAGCUCAAGCUCUUCUGCAUGGAGGAGAGGGUCCCUGUGUGCUGUUUGUGUGUCCUGGUUGGCGUGCACAAGAACCACAAGGCGUCUCAACUCCAUGAAGCCUGUGCACACUUCAAGGGCAUGUUAGAGACCACAAUGAAUCAACUGCUGAAGAGGAGAAGUGAAGCAGAACUUGCAAUCAAGGACGUAGAGUCGCUGUACACACAAACGGUGAAGUCUGCUGCCGAUUUCAGAGAGAGAAUCUCAGACAAGUACAACAGGAUUCGUGUCGUGCUGGAUGGUGAUGAACGUCUAAUGAUGCAGAUUAUACAUGCAGAGGAGACACACAUGACAGAGUGGCUAGACGCCCAGAGGGGCAUCUUGGAGGCCCAGAUGAAAGAGAUAGAUAGUCUCCGCGCCUCCAGCAAAUUGCUCCUCCACGACACAAAUGAUCUGCGAUUCCUGCAGCAAAUCACAGCACAGAAUCUUUGUGACCCGUUGGAUUUAGUACCUAUCCAGAUGGUAGACAGAGAUCUGUGUGACCCAGAGAAACUGAGAACAGUAGAGAAGCUGGUGGAUGACCUUUCUGUGGCUCUGUCCCAACACUUUCCACGAAUGUGGUCAUAUCUAAGUUCUCCUGCUCUGGACUCCAAGACAGCCCACCCCAAACUGGAAAUAGCCCCGGACGGAAAGCAAGUGCACUGGAGAAGACUGCCUGCACUUGAGGCUCUGAGCCUUCAACCAUAUGACUCCCAGUACAGUGUCCUGGCUCAGGAGAGUUUCGCUUCUGGCCAGCACUACUGGGAGAUCAUUGUCCAGGAGAAACCGUACUGGCUGAUAGGUGUGACUACUGGGCCAGUUAAAAAAGAUGGACCAAGUCAGAGUUCCUCCAGCCUGCGUGUCAACAACACAUCCUGGUGCAUCUACCAUGAAGAUGGGCAGUACCUAGUGUUACAUGAUACCCUAGAGAAGCAACUGGCAGUGCGGAAGAGAGUCAGAAAGCUGGGCAUACUGACCAAUUUCCAGAAGGGGGAGCUGUCAUUCUACGAUGCUGAUGCAAUGACGCUGCUUCACACUUUCUGUGUGCAGUGCACAGAGCCACUAUACCCCAUGUUAAAUCCAUGCAUUGACGUGAAUGGACUGAACAGACAGCCUCUUACAUUGUUUCGGAUUGAGGACCCCUGGGAGUGGCAUGUAAACACUGAUGGAUAUAAAGAGUGAACUUGGGGGUCAAUCAUAAACUCUGUCUUGUCACUAAAAUUAUUUUUUACAUUCUGUAAAAUAUGUAUUCCUGUACAUAUUAAGGUGUUAAGUAGGAUAAUUAUAGUUUAGGGAAACCUUUUUUUUUUAUUUAGUCUUGUCUUUAGUCAUGUAGUCAUUCCUAUAUUACCUUUCCAGUGUCUGCAGUUGUCCUCUCAAAGUAAAUAUUUAAUCAAGUGAUAUCGGGUGCAUAGUCAAGCAGCACUUUUCUGUGCUAAAGUCUAGCAACUCGUUCAGCAGCUUAGCAGCUCUCAUGCUUGACCGCAUGUACUUCAGGAAGUAAAUGACCCGUGUGUAAACUCCUGGCUUUUUCUUUGUAUAAUAGGACCCUCAGUUACUAGACCAU